CGACUGUGGAAUGACAGGGGCUUGCUGUUUAUGUUUCAUUUGUUCUAUGUCUAUUUUUAACUAUCAAAAGGCGAACUUUGCGCUUACUUUGUCGUGCCGACAGGAAAUACUUUGACAUGUGGUAUGCCCCCUGGUCGAAAGCAAAAGCAUCUGUCAUCACUUUCUGUCAAGUCUCGUGCUUUCACUUUCCUCCAAGGAUCUUUCAGUGUUUAUGAAUAGAUUCUGUGCAGAGACAAAGACCAAGCUCCCCUUUCACUUUCAUACGUCAUAUCUUUCAUAGCGCGUGACUGACACACGGUUGAAUGAGCAGACGCGUCGUGGUUUGGAUUACUUUGAUCAAGAUAUUUUACAAAAACUUUGCAAACCUCGCCAAAACUAAAAGCAAGCGUUUUAAAGCUCUGCUAUAAAUUCUCCCGACUUUGCGACUAAAAUAUAGUCAAUAUGUCUGAUAAAUACCGCCAACCAUAUCGUGAUGACAAGGUUGGUGAUGAAUUCGUUAUAUUUAAAACUACGCUGGAUCUUUAGCAACACUAUGUAAAGCGUAACGAACAUUCUAGCAGAUGAUAUGUGGAAAAAUAUGCCUUAGGUCCAUUGAAUGAUCAAGGUUCAAAGAUUACCGUACUCUCUCGAGAGAAGUUAGUGGCAGUUGCAUCAUGUAGUUCGCUGUAUGAAAGCUAAACAGUAAAGUAAACAGUGUCGAUUGCCGCAAUGUCGACACUAAAGUAGACACUUGCUAGAGUUGGAUCAGCGAAAUGUUGUGAGAUAUUGGACAUAAUGAAGACAUUCACUACAUGUACCAGGUGUUCUGUCAACCUUUUCCUAAUCAUUAAUAUGCUUAAUCAAUAUCUUAAGAAAGACACAACAAAGGAAAUUUUCCAUUCGGUCCUGUUCAUCACAUCCUUACUGCCAACCCUUUCUCACACUAAAGACAACUAAACUCGGGAUAUUUUUCGCAUUGUCUAGCAAAGAAAUAUCGACACAACAAUCUCAAACGCAGCUAGCACACUCAUGACAUGUCAAGCAAACAAGAAUCCAUGAACAAUACAAUCUUACCGUUUCAUCUCGGAUUUCAAUCCGGACGAACACAAUCCUUUACCUCUGCUUAUCGAGCCAAAAUUUCGACUUACCAAAGGGCGUUUCAUGUGGACACUCCUUGACACUAGUACAGAAGAGAAAAAUUAGGUUAAAAUGAGACGAUCUUCACGCACAAUUCACUCUUUGAGCGACCACGAAAUGGCUUCAAACCGAAAUAUUUGUCACAAUGGCGGGCGCGGUAUCCCAACGCGAUUGCGUCAUAUUUAAAAGAGGCCAAUGAGAUUUCAGAAAAGACUAUAGCCCUGUCAAUUCUGAGCAUAUUAGCCAAUUAAAUGGCGACAACUCUUUGCCUUCGCGCGCAUGAGAGUCACAUUGUAAUAGUUUUGACACCCGUAUGUCGAUGUUCAUGUAUAUUUUGCAGAGCGACCUCCUUGUUGUUAGAGAGUGCUUCAGGGCUGCAACUUGCCAGCUCGGCUUAUGCUGUUAGUGACGCCCCUAUCUCUAAACCAACGAGUUUGUUUUGCAUUUUAGAGAGGUUGGGGGUAAUCUCAAAUUAGGACGGGACACCAUUUCUCAAGUGAAGGAUCAGGAGACAGAAGCAGUCGACUGGCGCGAGGUGAAGUCCAACGACGAAAUGACAAGCGGUGUAUAUUCUUCUCUUCGUAGGGCCCAGCUGACCUACGAUUAUCUGCACACCAACAGUACUACUCAUGAAUUCCUCUUUGGCGCUUUGGCGGAGUUGGUCGACAACGCAAGAGAUGCUUCCUCACAGAAAAUAGACAUCUAUACAGAACCUUGCGAAUCCUGCCGAGGCAAGUUUCUUUUAUGCUUUCGCGAUGACGGAGAUGGCAUGGAGCCAUCGGAAGUUGCAAAUGUGGUGCAGUUUGGUCGAUCAGUAAAACGUACCGUGGACUCGAGAAUGAUAGGACAAUAUGGCAACGGGCUGAAAUCAGGCACGAUGCGAAUAGGGAAAGACAUGAUACUGUUCACGAAAAAGGGUAACACCAUGAGCUGCCUGUUCCUUUCAAGGACUUUUCACGAACGCGAGAAGAUUGAAGAAGUUGUAGUUCCAAUGCCUUCCUGGGAGGCUUCCACCAACAAACCUCUUGCGAAAUCAAAGCGUGAAGUGGAUAAACACCAGAUUGAAACAAACUUGAUCUUAAAAUACUCUCCUUUCAAGACGGAAUCUCAGCUGUUUGAGCAGUUUAAUAAAAUUGGACCCAAAGGAACACUGGUUGUCGUGUAUAAUUUAAAGCUCAUGGACAACGGCGAACCAGAACUUGAUGUUAUCAGUGAUCCGUACGAUAUCAAGAUGGGGGAUCCUCGCGCCGGAGAGAGCGUGGCAGAUUACGACAAGGACCUGCCUGAGCACAAUUCUUUCAGGGCAUACACCGCCAUUUUAUACCUGGACCCGCGAAUGAAAAUUUACAUCCAGAACAAAAAGGUCAGAACCAAAAGACUAACGGGCUGCCUAUACAAACCCAAGUGUUACCACUUCACGUCUAAACGGUUCAAGACAAGAUCGGAGCAGGAGAGUGAGAAGGCAGAUCGUGAGGCUAAAAUAGCUGAGGAGAAAGCAAGAGAGCUUGAAACACAAGCAAGAGAACUUCAGAAGCAGGCAGAACAAACUUCUAAAGAUAAAAGGGUGGAGCUGAGGAAGGUACAAGCGCUUGCGUCAGAAGCCAGGGCAGAGGCACAAAUGAAGACCAAGAUUGCAGAUGCUAAAAAGAAGUCAAUGAAGGAACCUAAAACACUUAACUUUACGUUUGGAUUCAAUAUUGAAAAUCGUCAGUGUUACGGCGUGUUCAUCUACAAUUGCAGUCGGUUAAUAAGGAUGUACGAAAAAGUUGGACCGCAGAAAGAUGGAGGAGUGAAAUGUUACGGAAUCAUAGGUGUCGUAGAUGUGCCUUAUCUCGUACUGGAACCAACUCACAACAAGCAAGAUUUUGCAGACGGAAAGGAAUUUCGGCACUUACACAGGGCGCUAGGAGAGCACUUAGAACAGUACUGGAAAGACUCUCAAAUUGAAAGUCAAGGUGUGACAAGGUUCUGGGAGACGUUCGGCUACAUAGGUAGUAAAUGGACAGACGGGCCAUCCAUGGAUCAGAAGUUUGCUAGGAAAAGAGCAAUGCAGAUAUCAGUAAAAGUACAGUGCGACGUGUGCCUUAAGUGGCGAGAGUUACCAUUUGCACAGAAAAACAUCGGUCGUGAAUUACCCGACGAUUGGUGCUGCGCCAUGCAUCCUGACCCGAAAUGCAACAGUUGCGAACGGCCCGAGCAGAAAGUUACGAUUGCUGUUGGAACUCUGCAGAAACAAGUCAAAACUUCAGAAGAAAGGCACAUGGAGAUGCAGGAGGACAUCCGAAAGAGACAAGAAGCGCUCAAGAAGUCAAUGGAACGGCAGCGUCAACGAACACCACAGGGCGCACAGAGAGAAGACAGGGUUAGAAUUCAGCCACAAGCUGCUGCACACAAGAAGAUUGAAAGGACCUCGUCCGCUGAGAGCUCGAACUCUUCCAAGAGCGAUAGCGCAGAGAGGCGGUUGCCCAAGAGACCAGAGGCGGAUAGCACUGAAGGAGAAAGUAGAAGGACGAAACCUUCUCACGAGCCAGUGAAACGACGAAAUGAAGAAUCUCGGCCUGCUGUUGAGGCUGUACAGGCCAAACGGAAGAAAAGUGACGUACAACCAGCGAAGACUGUCGAAAGGAAAGAAAGUCAAGAACAACGAGAAAAGACGACAAAGAGUCGAGAAAAACCAAGGCCAGAAGAAUCAAGACCAGCAGAACCAAGACAGGAAAAACCAAGCAGAGAGGAACCGACACCUGAGGUGCAACGACAAGAAGAACAAAGUAAAAAAGACAGAACGGAACAAGAACAACUGGAACUGGAACAGCUAAUGGAAUGGAGCAGCGAAGGAGAAAAUGAUACAGCAACGCUUCCAAAGGGAACCAAAGUGGAAGCGCGGGUUGAUAACUCUAAAUGGUAUAUUGGAACAGUUUUGGCUGUGAAGCCCAAAAAAGGAGCGACUUGUAGGGUUCGAGUUAAGUUCGAUAUGUAUCCGAAGGACAAAUACGAUAAAUGGUUCGACCAUCCAAGUGAUGACUUGAGAGUUCUACAACCCGUCGAAGAAACAGCUCCAAAAUCACCGAGCCCAAGUCGUGAGGUUCCCACCUCGACGUUUGUUGAAACGCCGCCUAAUCAGCAGCAGCAACAGGAGGAGCAGCCUCAGAAGAAGCAGCGACAGCAGCAACCGCCAACAGAAGCGGUGCAGUCUCCGGAAGACAACCGAGUGUCGUCCAUGUCAGACGAAACUUCUAUGGUAGAACAGGAACCGCCUGCUGUUCAGGAAUUCGCUGACAUGCUAAGACGGUGUCUUUGCUAUUUUGCACCUCCAUCGUUUCGAAUAAAAAAGGAUGAAAUAAAGGAGAUGAGCACUGCCGAAUUGAGAGAAUUCCCACUGGAAUCCUUCUUUGAUUACUACGAGAAAGGCCUGACGGAGUUGGUCAAUGGUUUUCGUGAUGAGAAGGAGGAAGCCCUGCAAAAAGUAGCGGAAGUCGAGGGGCGUUUGAAGGAAACGGAAAACGAAAAAGAAAAGUCCACAACGAAACUAUUAAAUCUAAGGAAGAAUGCAGGAAAACUGCUUCGUGUCAUUCAAGAGGAUCCUAACGAGUGCUUACUAAGCGAAGAUGACGUUUCGGAUACAGUGGAUGAAAUGAUGGAAACCAUCGCGCAUCAGGCUGCCGAGCGAUUAUAGCCACAACGAAUUUUUUUCCCCCAAGCUUGUUUCUUGAAUUCCUUACGUGUCAUUCAUUUGUUUUAUUUCAUCAUGCACCGUCUUUUUACAAGCCACAGAAGACCCAAGAUUUCGUACGCUCGAUCUUGUACUAUGACGUCCAUGACAGUUUUAUACAAAUGUGCUAUUAGCGCUGUGCGUGAAAGUACCAGUGAUGCUUUUCUACUUGAGCUAUUUAAGACUAACGCAGCAAUCGGCUGUGAAUUGUGAUUGUACAGCGUUAUAUGGCUAAAUGCUGCUUUUUUAAAACAAUUUUCGAUAAUCAUGCUAUUAGAAGAUAAACUGUAGAUCCCAAAUGGCCGUGAUGUUUGAAGCGGUCACGCAACGGUCAAUGUCACGCAAUGUUUCGACCGUUGCAAGUGAGAAGGCUGUUGCAAGUGGACGGAAAUCGAAUUCCAUUCGCCCGAUAUUGACAAUACAAAUGUGCAAGUUCAGUGUUUCACACAGAUACCUCAAGGGUAUAAGACAGUAUUUCAGUCAUUUUGAACUUCAGACAGAUCUAUAUAUAAAUAUGAGUUUAUGUUAUUGUUAAACGAUAUUUAUCGCAAACAAGAGGUAACUUUCUCAGUUACGUCAAUAUUAUUGCCCGGUCUUGACAGCAGUUAUAAAAAUAAUUUUUACAGAAAAUCUCAUUUAGAACUGUGCCUCAUUUUAACGCUUCAAAUGUUGAGUCAAACGCCUUAUUGAGCCAGUCGUAAAACCAAAACCCAAGCAGACAGUCACUCUGGCCAAUCACAAUACAUGUAGCCGACGCAAAGCGCGGGAAAACGAGUGGGAGUGAGUCACGAUUUGUUCUGUUUUCACAUCUGAUUGGUUGACAAAGUGGCGCGAUUGUGUUGAGUAUUAUUUUUUGUGAGUGUGAAAACAAAAAAACAAAAAAUCCAUGGCUCGAAGUCGUCGGGUCUGGACUAUGUGAUGAGUGGAUGAGUGAGAGUGAGUGAGUCAUCUAUGUAUGCCACACCGAUCAGACCGGGGCUGCUAUGAACAACCAAUCAAAUUGCCGCUUGUAAAGGUAAAUCGGUGAGAACAUUUCGUUCUGAUUAUCAAACAGCCAUCUUUGUUCUCUUCUUUAUACAGGAGUAGUUGCUUAUGUAUUGGCCUUAAUUCGACAUUUCUAAUUCUGCGUCUUCUGAGAGUUUGGACGACAACUUUGUGGGUGGAUUACAAUUAUCUACCAAGGAAUCAGUGUUUGGCAUGUACUAGCAUGUGUUAGCCUUUGCUUUUAGCAUUACAUGAACCUUCGAAUGAAAUGAGUCUGUCAUCCAGGUGGGUUUUGUGUGCGAAAUGCACUAUUGGGAUUUGACGAGAUUUUCGUGCGUAUAGUUAGUUCAUGGAAAACUGAAAAAGGUUCAAACCAACAUUUUUGAGAGGUUGUGAGAAGAAAAACUCUCAACUUGCUGCAAACGCUGUAAUUAAUUUCAGCACCAAUGCAGGAUCAAGUAGUGUUCUUAACGUUUAACUGUCUUCUUGCUGAAACGUUUUAUUGGAAUCGAUACAAAUGGUACAAGCGGUUUUCAUUGUCAAAACCAAAGAAAUUCGAUCAAUGGUGGCAACAUGCAUAUAUAGAGAUGUUAUUUCCCGACGAUUUUGUAAUUAAAUUAGUUCUCUUCACUAGCGAAAUGCAAUGCAAAUUCGAUUUUCGAUUUUUCGAUUUUUCGAUUUUUUUUUAUCUGGUUGCAGUUACAUCCAGCAUGAAUUCUAGUCAAUAUUGCUCUGGAAAUAAUAACAACCUGGAGUACUUCCUGUUUCAGGUGAAGUCUUCAUUAACUUUACAAUUUAAUUUGUCAAAUUGGUUCAAUGUCGUCAUUAUUUUUUCUACAUAAAGAAAUAUACUCUUCAAGUUUAUUUAUGAGUUUACAAUAACAAACUAUGUUUUAUUUCACUGACAUAAUCAAGGAUUACAAUCUUCUAGUCCAAUGUUAACUCUACGAUAAAGCAUGUACGAAAAUAUAAUCGACACUAUUAGUUUCGUCAAUUCAGUUAACGGCUGGUGUGUCGAUUAAAUUCACCUCGGACAGGAAUGAUCCACCAUGCGAUACCUUUCAGUACGCCCAGCUCCCACUCGUCCUGUUUCUUUGGGGUUGCAGCCGGCGAGCGGGUGGGCAGGGGAGAGCUGGGUUCUAGUGUUACUGUAUAGUGAAGGGCUGUUUGCUGUGUGAGGAGAAAGUAAAACCUGGGUUAAGCGGACACCCUCUAUUAAGCGGACACAAGCUUGAGUCCCUAAAAUUUCUUCACACAUUUACUAUAAAAUAAACUUGAAUUCAGCGGACACCUCUGUUAAGGUAAUUCCCCUGAAAUAAAACUGCACAUAGAUUUUUGUUUAAA